AUGACGCCAAACAAAAACGACAAAGACACUCCCAUGGAGCAGAGCGAGCUCCCAAACACGUCAGAGAAUGCGCAAGACCGGCCCCUUUCCGAUAAUGCUGUUUCCGAGCCCAACACCACUGUCGCUUUGCGUCCUGCUUUUGGUGCCGCCAAUCCCACCAACUCGCCUGGUCAAAACACGUCCCUUAUGCAUGGAAGUACCUUUCAUGGCGCCAUGGGCUUCAGCAGAGGUCGCCGCGGUCGUGGAAGAGGACGAGGCCAGUCUAGUCGUGGACGAGGUGGAAUCCAAAAGCACAAGUCCACAUCGCUCACUCAGAACAUUGUCAUGAACAAGGCCCUGGAUACUCACGUCAACAACACUAUUGCGGCUCCCUCCAGCCAAACUCGCGAUGGCAGUCUCUCUACCGUCAGCACCCCUCGGCAAGCGUACACUCAUAAUAUGGGAACCGAAUAUGACCACUGCAACGAAGUGGCGAUGCGUCGACGUUUGGUUAGAAUGGGACGGACCCCGGAGAUUUCCCAAGUGAAUAAGAACGAGUGUGCUUUCUGUGAAAGGAAGACACACAAGAUCGACAACCACCUCGACCUUCCCAACGGUGACCUCCCAGGAUGCAUACUGUGUCACAGCAUACAGCACAACACGGAAGACUGCGCCAAAUUGUCAGACAUGAGUUUGACUCAAAAGGUUCGCAUCUUUGUUGACGGGCGUGCCAACCUCCCCCCACUGGGUACCAGAGUUCCGUGGUGGGAUUUACUUUACAGUUGGCUACAGGACGACAGCUCCAGGGGACAACAGUUUCCAGUAGGAUUCCCUUGGUCUAAGGAAUUCACCAAGGAAUUCACCAAGGAAAUGAGCCGUCGAAACCACGGCCUGCAUAUCCGGGACCUUCAGAUCCAGCUUGAUCAUCGUGGUUACCUCCCAGCAGACUUCCCCAAGGACGAAACGACUGCCACUUUGGAUGCAGUAUACGUGAACCAUGUUGCCAAGGAUGGCACGACUUGGGUUGCCGAUCUGGCCAAAAGGGUGCUCGGUAAAGGGGGACACAAUGGGUCAAGCUAG